GUUCUUGAUGGCUAGAUUACCACAAGAGAAAGUGAUAUGCAGCUUUUCACUCGGCUCGAGGUGGGAUGUGAUGAGGCAGACACCGAGGGCUAUCGCCUGUGGUCUCUCAGGCAGCAAAGCCACAGUGGCAGACGAGGUGGUGGAUGAACGCAGUCAGCACCAAUGAGUUUCACCUUCUGCGGGUAUCAUGCGCCGUACUCAGCAUUGUGGCAGGGUGCAUCAUCAUUGGCGUGUCCAACUAUUGUGGGGCUGAGGCAGUUGGGGGGAUCUUCCUUGGGGCAGGAGGACUGGGUCUUAUCAUUUCUAUCUAUCCCUUUGUGAGGGCCUGGCUGAACUUCAAUCAAGUAUUACCGUUUUUAGGAAACUUUCGAAUUCAUCCCCGGCCAAACAACAGUGAGAUUGAAAUAGGUGGUGAUGCUUUUAAACGGGAAGGAACACAAGCAAAUUUAACCCGUGAACUUACAAGGAAUAAAAUUGGACCAAUGCAGGAAAAGCAAGCAAUGGACAUGCCAGAAGAGGGGCAUCCCUCAGACACUCCAGAUAUUAUUGGAAAAAGGAAAUUCAAGCAACCAACGGUAGACCUCAACACGCCAUAAUGCUUCAUUGUCUCCAUUUC